UAAAUGGUCCAUCACACCCAGCUGUACUGGCAAGCAGUAGGAGUAGUUGUAGCACCAAUACUACAUAUAGCCUACCUAAUCUUCCUCCAAUUCUUCGAUCAGUCCUCAACUUUCUUAACUUCCUACCAUCGCUCUAAAUUUCGGCUUCAUUGAUCUAAUGGAAACUAAUAAUGAUUACACACAAGAUGGCACGGUUGAUCUUCGAGGUCAACCUGUUCUUGCUGAGAAAACUGGCAAAUGGAAAGCUUGUUCUUUCCUUGUUGGGUAUGAAGCAUUUGAGAGGAUGGCUUUCUAUGGGAUAGCUUCAAAUUUAGUGGUGUACUUAACAACACAACUACAUGAAGACACAGUGUCAUCAGUUAGGAAUGUGAAUAACUGGUCUGGUUCAGUUUGGAUUACACCUCUUCUUGGAGCCUGCGUUGCUGACACUUGCUUGGGUCGCUUUUGGACUUUCACUAUCUCUUCCCUUAUUUACGUCAUGGGAAUGGUGCUUUUGACAAUGGCCGUGUCAAUUAAAUUCAUGAAGCCGAGUUGUGAAAAUGGAGUAUGCAACAAGGCCACUACAUCUCAAAUCGCCUUCUUCUACGCAUCUCUUUACAUAAUAGCUAUUGGAGCAGGUGGAACAAAGCCUAAUAUAUCCACAUUUGGUGCUGACCAAUUCGACGACUUUAAUCCACAAGAAAAAAAGCUAAAAGUUUCCUUUUUCAAUUGGUGGAUGUUCAGUACCUUUGCUGGUGCUUUACUUGCUACACUAGGCCUUGUUUACAUCCAAGAAAAUUUGAGCUGGGGAUUAGGAUAUGGCAUUCCAACUGUUGGUCUGAUAUUUUCUCUAGUCAUUUUUUACAUUGGAACCCCAAAUUACAGGCACAAAGUUAGAAAGUCUCAGUAUCCUGCUCGGGACCUGUUUCGUGUUCCUAUUGUUGCAUUUGCCAACAGGAAAAUUGAUCUCCCUAAUGACCCGUCUGAGCUUCAUGAAUUUGAUAUGCAGUAUUAUUUCAGUACUGGAAAACGCCAAGUCCAUCACACUCCAGCAUUCAGGUAAGCGUUUAUAGUUUUUAU